GCGCGGGGCGGCGGUGGUGGGAGGCGGCCUACCGGCGGGGUUCACUGCGCCUGCGCCCCGCGAUUCAAGAUGGCGGACAGUGCGGAACUAAAGCAAAUGGUGAUGAGCCUCCGAGUUUCUGAGCUGCAAGUGCUUCUUGGAUACGCAGGAAGGAACAAGCACGGCCGCAAACACGAACUCCUUACGAAAGCUCUGCAUUUGCUCAAGUCUGGUUGCAGUCCUGCUGUCCAAAUGAAAAUAAAAGAACUGUACAGGCGGCGGUUCCCACAGAAAAUCAUGACCCCUGCAGACUUGUCCAUCCCCAGCGUCCACUCAAGCACCAUAUCUGGUACUUUGUCACCAUCUACCAUUCCACAGCUUGCUUAUGACAGCCACCCUGCAACAUCACCGUUGCUCCCUGUUUCUCUCAUGGGACCUAAACAUGAACUGGAACUGCCCCACCUUACCUCAGCACUCCAUCCUGUCCAUCCAGACAUAAAGCUUCAGAAAUUACCGUUUUACGACUUGUUGGACGAACUGAUAAAGCCAACCAGUCUAGCAUCCGAUAAUAGCCAGCGGUUUCGGGAAACCUGCUUUGCAUUUGCCCUGACUCCACAGCAAGUGCAGCAGAUCAGCAGUUCCAUGGAUAUUUCUGGAACCAAAUGUGACUUCACUGUGCAGGUCCAGCUAAGGUUUUGCUUAUCUGAGACCAGCUGCCCACAGGAAGAUCACUUCCCACCAAAUCUUUGCGUGAAAGUUAAUGGAAAACCAUGUAGCCUUCCUGGCUAUCUUCCACCAACCAAAAAUGGGGUUGAACCAAAGCGACCUAGCAGACCAAUCAACAUCACCUCACUUGUGCGGCUGUCCACAACAGUACCAAACACAAUCGUCGUCUCGUGGACUGCAGAAAUAGGAAGAAAUUAUUCUAUGGCAGUCUACCUUGUAAAGCAACUGUCUUCUACAGUCCUGUUGCAGAGGUUACGAGCGAAAGGCAUCAGGAAUCCUGAUCAUUCUAGAGCACUAAUUAAAGAGAAACUAACUGCAGAUCCUGACAGUGAAAUAGCAACAACCAGCUUAAGAGUUUCUCUUCUAUGCCCACUUGGUAAAAUGCGGCUGGCGAUACCCUGCAGGUCCCUGACUUGUUCACAUCUGCAGUGCUUUGAUGCCACUUUGUAUAUUCAAAUGAAUGAGAAGAAACCCACUUGGGUUUGCCCUGUGUGUGACAACAAAGCUCCUUACGAACACCUAAUAAUUGAUGGGUUGUUUAUGGAAAUCUUGAAAUACUGCACAGAUUGUGAUGAAAUUCAGUUUAAGGAAGAUGGAACUUGGGCUCCUAUGAGAUCAAAAAAAGAGGCACAAGAGGUGACUGCAUCUUUUAAUGGAGUGGAAGGUUGCUUAAGUUCUUCUGUGGAUCAUCAAGUGUCCUCUCAUCAAUCAAGCAAAAAUAAGAAAGUUGAGGUGAUUGACUUAACCAUUGACAGCUCAUCGGAUGAAGAAGAGGAGGAGCCAUCGGCCAAGAGGAGCUGCCCUUCCCUGUCUCCUGCAUCACCCAUUAACAAUAAGAGCAUUUCAAGUAUGCCGCAUCAAGUCUCUCCUGUUUCAAGAACCCCGAGCCUUCCGGCUGUUGACACAAGCUACAUCAACACGUCACUUAUACAAGACUACAGGCACCCGUUCCAUAUGACACCCAUGCCCUAUGACCUCCAAGGACUGGACUUCUUCUCUUUCUUACCAGGAGACAAUCAGCAUUAUAGCACUUCACUUCUGGCCGCCGCAGCCGCCGCCGUGUCUGCUUCAGAUGACCCAGAACUUUUGCACUCCCGGUUUUUCCCCUAUGCUUCGUCUCAGAUGUUCCUGGAUCAGUUGAACGCAGGAGGGAGUGCCACCCUUCCAGCCACUAACGGCAGCAACAGCGGCAGUAACAGCAGCCUCGUGUCCUCCAACAGCCUGCGAGAGACCCAUGGCCACCCUGUGGCCAACAGAAGUAACACAGACCCAGCCUCUCUCUUUGGCGUCAUGCCGGAUAUCAUUUCCUUGGACUGAAUCUUGUUGAGUUUUCACUGGACUAGCUAGAGGAGAGAUCUGGGGUUUUGUUUUAUCUUAUUUUGUUUAGAAAUACAGACGAGCUUUUCCUUUUUGUAGGGAAAAAAUAUUAAGAUAUGUACAGAGAACAAAACUAUAUUUUCAGUUGUACUUUUGUAUAUAAACAAAAUAUGGUUUGACUGGUAAAAAAAUUACAAAAGCUCCCAACCUAGAUUUUUGGAUACGGAAGAUUUUACACCACCCUUUCUGCCUCGAGUGUUCGUUUGUUUUAAGGCUUUGAUUUUUAACUACAUCACUUUGUUUCUUCACAGUGAUAUUAAUGGAAAAGUAAUGGAGUGAUUGAAGCUUUGAAAAGUUCUGGGAGGCUUCUAGUUCCAGGGAAGACAGAUGACACCCACAAUAACUGGAGGGAAUGGUUUUCCUCCUUAGGGCACAAUCCUCUGGGAAUAUUUUCCUGCAGAAGCACCAUUGAAACGAAUGAGUCUUGUGCUAGUGGAUCAGGCCCUCUCUCUUUCUUUGUAAUUUAUGUCAAUUCCACAGCAUUCUCUGCCUGCUAAUCUGGUUGUGUGGCUUCUUGGAAUGUUCUUUCAGCUCUUCCUUCUGGUUCUGAACAUCUGUUCGGAACCUUGCUUGUUCCUUCAUCAGACACCAUAUUGUUCUGUUUGUGUGUUCAUCAGUUCUCUUCAUGGGGAAGAAAAUACCCACACUCCUGCAUGUUGAAGCAUUACCAUUGGAAGGUCUCUCCACUUUUGCAUGAGGCAAAAUGGCUUCUUAAAAUCCUGCUGCCAUAAAGGCAUCGGUGAUCCUUUCUUGUAUGUUAAAUGUUACGUGUUAAAGACUUGCUUUCUUGAGGUCAUUCAACAUAGGCCUAACACUCAAACUUCCUUCCCCGGGACUUUUAAAAUCUAUUUUGUGAAGCUUCCUUCAUCAUACUGUGCUAUCAGGAAUUAAAUGAGAUUAUAUAAUUUGAAAAAAGAUGUAUUUUGCAGUGGAUAAUGACAAAUAGCAUGCCAGAGUCCUUUCUGCAAGCAUAUUUGAACUAUAGGCUCCAACCCUAUGCACUUCUGCUUCAGAACAAAUCUGCAUCAGAUUGGGCUAUAUUAGUGGCCAAACCCCAUACAACUGGGUUUUUUUUUAAAGUUCAAAGUCCUUCCCCCUUUCCUUCAAAUUUACCAAAAUUUGUUAAAAUCUUGAGGGUGAUCAAUCCCCCUACCUGCCUUUUGACUUCAAAAUAAUUAUUGAAUGAUUUUAGCUCCCUCUGACUGAGCAUGUGAAACUAUAUUUAAUUCCCCUUUAGUGUUUGUGGGUCUUCCCCCCCCCCACUACCUUGAAACCUGUAUGACUAGUUAAGAAAGAGUCUUUUCCAACUUGGUGAUUAUUUAAACUCUUCCUUUCUGACUAAAUGACAUAACAUGUAAAUAGAGAGAAAGGGAAGCUGUUCAUAGUACAUGGGAGAAAGAAGGGCAGGGCCAAGCAGCCAUGUUGGUGUAUCCCAGAGCGCUCUUUGGAGUGCAGAUCUGUUCUCUGCUGUGAAAAUACUUUAUAGCUAGCUUUUAAAAAUCUAGGUUUACAACAAAUCAGGAAUGGAUAGGAAGGAGGGAGGUAGCAGGGUUGGUUGUGGUGUUUUUUUUGUUUUUUGUUUUUGCUAUACUUUAUCAAAGACCAUGUUAGCGAUUUCUUUAAACCAUAGCUGCAGAAGUUAGUAUCUUGUCCCCCCAGCUUUGCUUUCAAAAUUGUUUUUAAGAUAAACUUUGCAUUGAUAUCAAGCCACCACUUUUCAAUAGGAAACAAUCAUUUCUUUUCAACUAAUUGAGAGACCAUAUAUUAUGUUCUAAAUGGGUUUUCAAAUGUCCCCUUCGCCAUUUUAAUAGCUGACUUGAAUUUUUAAAAUGUUUGUUCAUAUGUAUAUGUGUGUGUAUAUAUGUAUUUAUAGAUCUCUCUCUCUCUGUGUGUGUGUGUCUCAGUGUGUCUGUUUCAUGCAUGUGAAUUCCAUUACUGUCUGGCUGAAAUGUUUCCUUUGACUAGUUUAUAAUUUAUUAAAUGUCAGUAAAAUCUAAAUAAAAGCAACACAAAAGAGGAAUCCUUUCUAAGUUCAAUCUAGCUUGGAGGCAUCAGAAACUGAUUUCUUUUUUUAAAAAACUAUAAUGAAACUGGCUUAACUUAAUAUAAAAUGUGGUCCCAUUUUGUUGCAAUUGGAAAGUUCAUUCCAAACACUGAAACAAUCAGAGAUUUGCUAACUUUGGAAAGUCUGGUCACAGUGUAGUUGCAGGAGUCAAAAUUGACAAGUGUUCUGAUGAAACCCUGUAGCUUAUGCUGUGCUUCUUAGUUUAAGGUGAAUGCUUUUUAUCAGGCACUUAAAUUUGAGUCUGGUACCACUUGCUAAAUACAUAGUAAGAUGUGGGUCUUGUAGCUGGCUUUGAAUGCAAAUGGCUCCAGCUUCAGUCUCCGCCAACUACAUGUAGAGCUGGGAGGGUCCCUUGCCUGGGAUCCUGGAGAGCUGCUACCAGUCAGUGUUGACAAUAUUGAGCUAUAUGGACCAAUAGUCUGACUCAGUAUGAGGCAUCUUCCUAUAUUGUUACCUAGAAUAUGUGGUACAGUCAAGUGCAUGCAGAUGAUGGGCUGCAAUCGAAUGUACUGUAUUUAUGACCCAUUUAUUGUCAUGCAAUGAAAGCAUAUGUAAGUGUGCACUUGGCUACAGCAUCUACACAAGGCUCCCCCCUACUCACCAAAUGUAUCUACUGCAACUCAAAUGGUUUUUAUCUGCAUGUUUGUCGAGAUUUUUCUACAACUGACAAAACAAAUCAAGUCAGAAUUUUAGGAAACUUUCCAACAAUUCGUCAGGCUUCAAGGAACGCCGUAUUCUGCUUUCAGUGCUGUUUGGUGUGUUAAAAUGCUGGAAAUAAUAUUGUGCUUUACAGUAAACGGGUACUGCCUGAGAGUGCAGUUAUCUUCAGUGUGACUUGCCUGAAAGGUGUUUUGGGAUGGGGGAGGAUUUUGCCCUUCCUCUUUCUUAGCCUGUGGGUGCUCGAUAAAGAUCUAGAACUGUGUAAGACUAGAAAUCUUCUAGGACUGGUUCAGUUUUUUAAAAUCCAAUUAAUUGUGAAAUUAAAAGGUACCUGCUACAUUGAGCCCAUGGGUUUUCAUGUUUUUCUCUCUCUGAUAAGGUAAAUGCCACUUCUCACCAUGGUGGGCAGUAAUGGGUGGGCAUUCCACUUGCAGUUUGGGAAUGAAAAAUUUAAAAGCAUUACAAAUGAGACAAGGCACAUAAAAAACAAAGGUCAGUCAGUUAAUGUUUAAUGUGGAGAGUGCUUGAAAAUUUAAGGUAGCAAACUGUUGUUUAUUUGUCUUUUCCUGCUCCUCCUGUCCUUCAUACUAAGUAAAAACAAUGAAUCUUCUCAAUUCAAACUGAAUAGAGUUUCUUGGCCUCCCUUAACUUGGGUUUUGGCCGGGGAGGGGAUUUUUGAUGUAUUUAAUUCUGGGAACCUCUUUUGAAAAGGUAUUUCCUGGCCAGAGUGUGUGUUUAAGUUCUUUGUUUUUUUUUUUUUAGCCAACAAUAAUAGUUAAUUGGGAAAAGGUUCCAUUUUGGCAUUACCUGAAGUCUGUCAGUUUCUUUAAAAUACUAAUUUUUAAGAAUUGCAGAGAUUUUUUUUAAGUAACAUGGAGUUAAGGGGUGUAUUUUAGUUAACACACAAAUCCUAUUAAAUUUGAAUAUGGAAAGCGUACUUCUUGCAUUUCAUAACUUGUUGGCUCACUUUUUUUGUCCUUGUUUGUCCAAAAGAGAAGUAGAGGGAUGUGUGCUGCUUGGAUGUUUGUCUCACUUUGUACAAAAAAUUUUUGGGGGGGUGUGAGUGAGUGAGUGAGUGAGUGUGUGUGUGUGUGUGUGUGUGUCUACACAAGUACACACAGAUGCAAGAUCCUUGUAUAAUAGCAAGGGUAGAGUGAUUCUGAAUCACUUCUGUGGGCAUUACUCGAUGCAGAGUUUGUUGUUGUUUUUACCUAAAAGCAAAACCAAAUUAAACCUUGCUAAGACUUAACUAGCAGUUUGUUGCAAAGUCUUGCAUUAUUUUCAUAACUGCAUUCCCAGAUUUUCUUAUCCCUAUCAAACAUAUACCAUAGUCCCCUGGAAAAAGGCACUUUUGGAAACCUUCCACUGAACUUAUAGUUAGUCCUUGUUGUUUUUUUUUAAUGUGGUUAACCUUUUUCAUUGCAUUAAACAUUUCAGGGUGUUUUCUUUUUCGCAAUACAUUAUGUCUUGCUUUGUUUUUAUUAUUUUCCUUUCAAUGAGAGCUUAGAUUUUUAUUGAGAGAGAACCUGCCAGAGGCCCCCAGCUUGUGCUGCUGCUUGUCGCUUCAAUUAACAAAAGGGAAAACAAUAUGUAAAUAAGCAGAAACUUUAAAAAAGUUAUUAAUUCCAUAAACUCAGAUCUGUGAUUCAUUGCCUUAACUUUCUUAGUUUUCCAUACAGCAUGCCAAACAAGUUUUAAAAGUGGCUUUUAAAAAAAAUGUAUAGUAGACCAAUGUCAGUUUGUAUAAAAGUAUCAAGUGAAAAUAUUUAUUACAUGCAUUGGAAAAAAAUGGUUUACCCUACUGAAUGUUACCUGUUUAUGUAAAACAUCUUUAGAUGUAAUAAAAAGCAUUAUUACGUUGUC